AUGAAACAGUUAAAACUUAUAGGUUUUGUUAUUUUCUUGUUCUUUUUGACUGAAUCCCUAACCCUGCCCACAAAGCUUCAAGAUGUAGAUGAUGCCAGUAUCACCCAGAAAUUUAUAGAGAAGAAUAUUGGAUACAUCACCAUCAUUGCAUUUUCUCAGUAUGUUCAGGAGGCAUCCUUUGAAGAAGUAGAAAUAUUGGUAAAAAUCAUGACGAAAUAUGGAGAGCAAUGCUUGGAUGAAGUGACAAUCCCAGACUGUCCAAGAUUAACUAAUGAUAUUUUAUUGGAAAGGACAUGUGCUGUGAAGGGGCUGCCACAAAAGUAUAAUUUUUCGCACUGCUGCAGUAUGGUUGACUUUGAAAGAGAACGUUGUUUCUUUCAUAAUAAGAAAUCUGAUAUAGGAUUUCUGCCUCCUCUCCCUACUCUGGAUCUUGAAGAGAAAUGCCUGACUUAUAAAAAUAACAGAGAAUCUUUUCUAAACAAGGCGGAAUCUGUCAUACAAUAUUUAAAAGCAUUAUCUUCUUACCAAAAAAAUGUCUGUGGGGCACUUAUGAAAUUUGGACUGCAAGUCUUAAAAUCUAUAAACCUUGCUAUACUUAGUCAAAAAUUCCCCAAGAUUGAAUUUAAGGAACUUACUUCCCUCCUAGAAGAUAUUUCUUCCAAGUAUGAAGCAUGCUGUGAAGGGGAUGGUGUGCAGUGUAUCCGUGGAAGGAGCAAGGUUAUGAGCCAUAUUUGUUCAAAACAAGAUGCUAUCUCCAGCAAAAUCAAAGAGUGCUGUGAAGAGAAAAUACCAAAGCGUGGCGAGUGCAUAAUUUACUCAAAUAAAGAUGACAGGCCAAAGGACUUAUCUCUAAGAGAAGCAAAAUUUACUGAAAAUGAAAAUGUGUGUGAACAACGAGAUGCUGACCAAGACACCUUCAUGGCUGAGUUUCUUUAUGAAUACUCAAGAAGGCAUCCAGAACUGUCUACAUCCGAACUUUUAAGAAUUGCUAGAGUGUACAAGGAUCUCCUGGAAGAGUGCUGCAAGACAGAGAACCCUCCAGACUGUUACGGCAAUGCGGAAUACAAAUUCAAUGAGACAACUCAGAGAAGCCUCAAGAUAGUACAACGAGAAUGUGAACAUUUGCAGAAUUUGGGGAAGGAUGGCUUGAAAUACCACUACCUUAUCAAACUCACAAGGAUAGCCCCCCAGCUCUCCACUGAAGAACUGACCUUUCUCGGCCAGGAGAAGGCGGCGGCGUUGACCACCUGCUGCACACUGAGCGAGGAGUUCGCCUGCGUUGAUAACUUGGUGGAUUUAGUUCUUGGAGAGUUAUGUGGAAUAAAUGAAAAUCGGAGCAUCAACCCUGCUGUGGACCACUGUUGUAAAACAGACUUUGCCUUCAGAAGGCCCUGCUUUGAGGGCUUGGAAGCUGAUAAAACAUAUGUGCCUCCAUCUACCUCUCAAGGUUUAUUUACCUUUCACACAGACUUGUGUCAGGCUCAUAAAGAAGAGCUCCAGAGAAAGAAAGACAGGUUUCUUGUCGACUUAGUGAAACUGAAGCCUGAAUUUAGAGACGAGGAACUCCAGUCACUGCUUACAGAUUUCUCUAACGUGGUGGAGACAUGCUGCAAGGCCGAGGGGCCAGAAACCUGCUUUAAUGAAGAGGGUCCAAAAUUGGCAGCCAAAAGCCGGGCUCCUUGAGAAACAUCAAGUAAAAACCAUCAAAGGUUGCAGAGAAAAGAGGAAGACCAACUUACCUGCUUCCUAUCUGUCCUAUGGCCAAUUUCAUUUUCUGAGGAGAACACAGU